UAACUCCUGUAAUCGUUAGUUUAAAUUGGUUAGAGCUAAAUGUUUUUCGUGUACUACGUCGCUUUUAACCCUUCUUAGAAUGCACGUAUUUUUGUGUACUACGUCACUCCCUAGUAACCCUCAGCGGCGUCUCAGGGAGGCAGAAUCACAAGAUGGGUUUGUUAUCAAUUUUACGGAAACUUAAAAGUACCCCCGAUCAGGAGGUGCGGAUAUUGCUUCUGGGGUUGGACAACGGAGGCAAGACCACCUUACUGAAACAGCUGGCGUCUGAAGACAUCACCCAUAUUACUCCAACACAGGGUUUCAAUAUCAAGAGCGUCCAAUCACAAGGAUUCAAAUUAAAUGUGUGGGAUAUCGGUGGUCAGCGAAAGAUCAGGCCCUACUGGAGGAACUACUUUGAGAACACAGAUGUACUGAUUUACGUUAUUGAUAGCGCAGACCGCAAAAGAUUUGAGGAAACGGGACAGGAGCUGGCUGAGUUGCUUGAUGAAGAAAAGCUCAGCGGGGUCCCGGUCCUGGUGUUUGCUAAUAAGCAGGACCUGCUCACGGCAGCCCCCGCGUCUGAGAUAGCCGAGGGUUUGAAUUUGCACACUAUCAGAGACCGAGUGUGGCAGAUCCAGUCCUGUUCUGCCCUCACAGGAGAAGGAGUCCAGGAUGGCAUGAACUGGGUCUGCAAGAGUGUGAACGCUAAGAGGAAAUAGAGCUGUUUUCUCCUACCCUGGCUUUCACGCAGGAGGGAAUACAACCAUAACUUUGAAAAAAAAAAAACUGUCAGUAGGUAUAGGAAAUGAAGGCAUCCUUUCAAAACUAUUUAAAUUUUCUUUUUUGCCUCUCUGUUUGGACUUACUUUGUCCUGCAUCCAUACAAUGAGUUGAAAUUAACAGUAUCCUUUCACUAGUCUUUUAAACUGAAAAUUAAGAAUGUACAUCCAUCUGAUUUCACUUUUGAUUUGUUUUCUUUAGUACAUUUCAAAACUUAAUUCUGCUUAGAUUUCUUGAGAUGAAUGACUUGUGUUUUUAUAUUGAAUGUUAUAGCUAUUUAGAGGAUUUUGUUACUGAGACAUUUAAAGAGUGACAGCCUUCAUCAUUCAUUUCAACUGUUGUCCUUCCAUACUGGCAUUGUUCACUGAAAUAACUCUUGUUACUCUAUCUAAGGUCAUAUUUUUGUAAUUGUUCCUAAGAGUAACAGAGAUGAGAAUUGCGGUACCCAAAUGCAACAUACAAAAAACAUCAAUAUAUACAAAAGAAAAGGGGACCAUAAAUUGAAUGUAAAUAAUGUUCCACAUAUCAAAUUAUUUUCUGCAUAUAUUUGUCAAAUUUUACAAAUCCAGCAUUUAAGAAUUUCUUAGAGCUUUAUAAUGUAAGUGGCCUGUACAGCUGUAAUGGUACAAGAGGAUGUCUGUCGUCAUCACAUCAAGAUUAUUUCUGUAGCGUCUCUGAGUGUUGUGAUGUGUGUGAAAUGACUGAAGUAAACGGAGUAAAAUACUGAAAA